UCUUGGUGGUUUUGGAUGGCCUUGCAUUUCUGCAACAUCUCUGACUUUUUGAGAGCUCUCGCACCUAUAGUCUGGUUGACCCACCGCGGUAGAGGCUGGGAAGGCUCCAGGGGGCCCCCUCCUCCCGCCAGGAGCACGCUUUGCAUUCAUCACCCUCUGCCUCAGCUGAUUUCGGUCCCUGUGGAUGGAUGGGUCAGGCCGAACAGGUUCUGUGUCACCCACGCUCACCUGUACCCCUGGACUGCAGGAUAUGCUACAGGGAGCCGUCCUGAGGCAGAAGUGGUUAGAGUGCAGGAUUUGGGGCAGACUGGAGGUCACAACCCUCCAGUGCAAAAUGUGCGCAUCGACCCCAAUAGCCUGUCCUUCAACAUGUGGAAGGAGAUCCCUGUCCCCUUCUACCUGUCCGUCUACUUCUUCGACGUUGUCAACCCCGAUGCAGUCCUCCUGGGGCAGAAGCCGCAGGUGCGGGAGCGCGGGCCCUACGUGUACAGGGAGUUCAGACACAAGAGCAACAUCACCUUCAAUGACAAUGACACAGUGUCAUUCCUUGAGUAUCGCAGCUUCCAGUUCCAGCCUGACAAAUCCCAUGGCUUAGAGAGCGACUAUAUCGUCAUGCCCAACAUCCUGGUCUUGGCUGCGGCGAUGAUGAUGGAAGAUAAGCCCAUGAGCCUGAAGCUUAUCAUGACUUUGGCGUUCAGCACCCUUGGGGAGCGUGCCUUCAUGAACCGCACCAUAGGCGAGAUCAUGUGGGGCUAUGAGGACCCCCUCAUACACCUCAUCAACAAGUACCUCCCAAACAUGUUACCCUUCAAGGGCAAGUUUGGGCUAUUUGCAGAGCUGAACAAUUCUGAUUCUGGGAUCUUCACCGUGUUCACGGGGGUCAAAGACUUCAGCAGGAUCCACCUCGUGGACAAGUGGAAUGGGCUCAGCAAGGUCAACUUCUGGCAUUCUGAUCAGUGCAACAUGAUCAACGGGACUUCGGGACAGAUGUGGGCACCGUUUAUGACUCCUGAGACCUCGCUGGAAUUCUACAGCCCUGAGGCCUGCCGGUCCAUGAAACUUAUCUACAAGGAGUCGGGGACGUUCCAAGGCAUCCCCACCUAUCGCUUCGUGGCCCCCAGCACCUUAUUCGCCAACGGCUCUGUCUACCCGCCCAACGAGGGCUUCUGCCCAUGCCUGGAGUCUGGAAUUCAGAACGUCAGCACCUGCAGGUUCAAUGCGCCCUUGUUUCUCUCCCACCCUCACUUCUACAAUGCUGACCCGAUGCUGGCAGAGGCAGUGCUUGGCCUCCACCCCAACCAAGAGGAGCAUUCCUUAUUCCUGGACAUCCACCCGGUCACUGGGAUCCCCAUGAACUGCUCCGUGAAACUGCAGCUGAGCCUGUAUAUCAAGGCCAUUAAAGGCAUCGGACAAACGGGGAAGAUCCAGCCCGUGGUCCUGCCAUUGGUGUGGUUUGAAGAGAGCGGGGCAAUGGAAGGCAAGCCCCUGAAGACCUUCUAUACCCAGCUUGUGUUGAUGCCCAAUGUGUUGCACUACGCCCAGUACGUCCUCCUCGCGCUGGGCUGCAUCCUGCUGCUCAUCCCCAUCAUCCACCAGUUGCGGAGCCAAGAGAAAUGCUAUUUAUUUUGGAGUAGUAGUAAAAAGGGCUCAAAGGAUAAGGAGGCCAUUCAGGCCUAUUCUGAAUCCCUGAUGACACCAGCUCCCAAGGGCACUGUGCUACAAGAAGCAAGACUGUAGGGUCCCAGAGAUGCCACGAGCCAGCCCAGCGUGGCCACUCAGCCAGACCGGCUCCCCAGCCCCUACGCCCCGCUUCUUCAAGACUCUCUCCAUGGACGGCCCAUCAGUCCUACUAAAGUCUGAGCACCCCAGUUGCUACAUGCGUGUCCACACACUGCACACCCCCAGCACACGUACACACACAAGUGCACAGGCGUGUGCAGGCACACUCAGGGAUGGAGCCGCUGCUGACGAGACUCAGGGGGAGCCUCACUAACAAGAACUGUCUGGAACCUUCUGUCCAAGUGACCCACAGUGCUGUGGGCACUGGGUCCCCUCCCUCGAGUGAGCCCAGCCUGACCCAUUCAGCCCAGGGGCCCAGGCUCCUGAAGGCUCAAGUCACCUCCCCCUGGUGCCCUAUCCAUAGUCACGAAAUACUGCAGUCCCUGCUUGGUGGCUCAGCCACAUAGGACAGGGCUUUUACUCUGGAGGGCUGGCUACUGUCCCCAAACCCAGCCUGGGAACACAGACUUCUUGUGCCAAAGCCAUGUGGGCGGAGGCUGCCCGGUCCAGCCCAACCAGACCCGGAGCUUUGGCCAUUGACCAUCCACCUGGGCUGAAGGCGAGACACCUUUGCAAGGUCUCAGUCAACAGUGUGAACUCGAGAUGCAUCUCAAGGCUGCUCCAGCGGUCUCCUUCCCCAAGCAGACUUUAAUCUCCCUCGAGUCUGCAUGGGUACCAGGCUUGGGUGUCUGGGGCCCCAUUCCUCUAGCCUAAACUGACAUCUUCCUGUAUGCUGAGCCAGCCACUCCCUGUUGGGGGUGGUGGGAGUCUCUGCCCCAAGCUGUCCCCAGCAAGGGCCCUCAGCGUUUGGGUGCCGGGGCAGAGGUGCAGAAGCCCAGCCGCAUCAGUCUGGGUGUCUGGUCUGGUCGGGUGGGAGACCCAUCCACCCGUGACUCCUGCUCCUCCCUCUGCCUCUUUUCUACUGUAAGAGAAGUGAAGUUUAUCAUCUUUUAAAAACAAAUCACUGUUGAAGAAUAAACCUUUUAUAAACGUUAA